ACAGAACAUUACGAGUAUCUCUGGUCCGUCGAUCAACCAGUUUCCCUGCUGUGGAAUGCUGAUAACCCGGACUCCAAUACCGGUAUUAUUCCUACCCUAUCUGGGCUAAGGGACCCAUUGGACAGGCAGAGUCCGUAGCGCUAGCCCACUCUUUGGCGGUGGGGUGUGUGUGAUUUCAGGUGUCCUGCCUGCUCCUGCUACAUUGCCGCACACGGGGCAAAAAAGGAGGGUGGAACCGCCACACCAAUUUCUUUUUUCGAUACGGUAUGUUAUAAUACAGAGCGGCAUCCUUUUAACCUCUCCUACCCGUUCAUUUAAUUUUCGACGCUAUUCAGAUUUUCGAAUAUCGAGGACCAGGCCAAACUACUCCUUUCUUUCCCUCCCAUCACCCCGUGUCCCCCUUUCUCUUGCGAUACGGGCACCACAACACGUCUGCCGGAAUCGGUUAUACAAUGCCUCUACAAGCUCCCCCGAUAUUUGUCACUACAGUGAGUCGACUUCCCCCACGGCUUUUGUGCCCUUCCGUCCUGCUUUGUUUGUUCCCAUCUUCCCUUGUGGGACAACGAGGCUAACUAUUUACAUUCGACAUAAGUCUUUCGACGAGAAUGAGACACAGCCGGGGACGCUUUCCCCUAUAUCACCCUCGACAUCGGGCUAUCGCCGCAAUUCUGACGCGGUAGCCCCUAGGACGCCAACAGGGGAUCAGAUAACAUUUCUUGGGGUCGACGGCGGCGCUCGUUCUAGGUCGUCCUCGCUCGGCGAUUCUUCCAUGCUUUCCGGUGAUACGGCUCUACCGGAUCACCCUUACAAUGGGAUAGACUUGGUUUCCGUGAGUGAGGCGCUGAAUCCGGACCCGGGCACCGAAGCCGAUUUCAGGGUUCAAGGGACAAACCCUUUUGCAUUUACUGCGGGCCAGCUGAAUAAAUUCCUGAACCCAAAGUCCCUUGCAGCGUAUAAGGCUGUUGGUGGAGUACGAGGGCUGGAGAGGGGAUUACGGACGGAUUUGGUUGCUGGGCUGAGCGUGGACGAGGUCACAUUGGAGGGCGUAGUGCCCUUCGAGGAGGCAGCAACGCUUAAGAAGAGGGGUACCCUUGGAAGCGAGAGUACUGCUACCACGGAUUCUGCGGCUGAUGACUACACGGCGGCAAAAAUCGGCACGGCCGCUAGGAAUAGUGCUACGAUGGAACGUCAGUUUGAGGACCGCAAGAGGAUUUUUAAGGAUAAUACCUUACCCGCGAAGGGUGCCAAGAGCAUUUGGAGGCUUAUGUGGGAGCAGUACCAGGACAAGAUUCUGAUUCUGUUGACUGUUGCCGCCGUAGUCUCGCUGGCUUUGGGCUUGUAUGAAACACUUGGUGUCAAGCACCCGCCUGGCUCACCACCCUCGGUCGACUGGGUGGAGGGGGUUGCUAUUGUUGUGGCAAUUGUGAUCGUGGUCCUGGUUGGAUCCUUGAAUGAUUUCCAGAAGGAGCGUCAGUUUGUGAAACUUAACACAAAGGUGUGCUUUCCUUUUUUCCUUUUUUUUUCUUUUUUCUUUUCCCGCCCCGUGCCGCUAUGAUCUAAUAAUAGCUUUGUGCGAUGCAGAAAGAGGAUCGGGUCGUUAAGGCUAUUCGGUCUGGGAAAUCGGUUCAAAUUUCGGUUCACAAUAUUAUGGUUGGCGAUGUAUUGCACAUGGAACCUGGCGAUAUGAUUCCUGCCGAUGGUGUUUUCAUUACUGGUCAUAACAUGAAGUGCGACGAAUCCAGUGCUACCGGUGAAAGCGACCAAAUGAAGAAGACUCCCGGCGAAGAGGUUAUGAGACAAAUUGAGGCUGGAACCGCAUCUUCCAAGUUGGAUCCUUUCAUCAUUUCCGGUUCAAAGGUCCUGGAGGGUGUUGGCACUUAUGUGGUUACCUCUGUUGGCGUCAAUUCCAGUUUCGGCAAGAUCAUGAUGGCUCUUAGGCACGAGGCUGAAGCCACCCCUCUUCAGGUCAAGCUUACCGGACUGGCUGAUAAUAUUGCCUAUCUUGGCGGAGGGUCUGCUUCCCAUUUCCAGGCAUUUUGCGUGCGAGUGAGAUUUCGUGCUGACAUUCUGCUCUUUUAGUGCUGCUUGUCUUUUGUUCUUUGUGCUGUUCAUAAAAUUUCUGGCUCAUCUCCCCGACAACAAUGGUACCGCUGCUGAGAAAGGAUCCGAGUUUUUGGACAUUCUUAUAGUUGCUAUUACGCUUAUAGUUGUCGCUGUCCCCGAGGGUCUCCCUUUGGCCGUCACCCUAGCCCUCGCUUUUGCCACUACCCGCAUGUUGAAAGAGAACAACCUUGUUCGUGUGCUUAGGGCUUGCGAGACCAUGGGAAAUGCAACCACUAUCUGUUCCGAUAAGACCGGUACCCUCACACAGAAUAAGAUGACUGUCGUUGCUGGCACUAUUGGAUUGGACUCUAAGUUUAGUGCUCAGAUGGAAGACGCUAGGGAUGGGGGGGUUUCUAGCAUCCCCGGGGUUGUUUCUACAUUCUCCAAGUGGACCAAAGAUCUCCUCCUCCAGUCAAUCGUUGUCAACUCGACCGCUUUUGAAGGUGAGGAGGAUGGUGUUUUCGCUUUCAUCGGAUCCAAGACCGAAACCGCUCUCUUGACCUUUGCCCGUGACUUCCUAGGUAUGCAGGGCGUUGCGCAGGAACGCGCCAAUGCUCAGAUCGUCCAGCUCAUUCCUUUCGAUUCGGCUCGCAAAUGCAUGGGUGUUGUCGUUCGUCUCCCGGAUGGCGUUUACAGACUUUACGUCAAGGGCGCUUCCGAGAUUCUUUUGAGUAAGGCUACUAGAUAUAUCUCGGACGUUAGCAACGAGGGGCCCAGCGACAACGAGCUCACUUACGAGAGCGUCAAGUUUCUCACCGACACCAUCAACUUUUAUGCUGAACGCUCUCUGAGGACCAUUGGAAUAUUGUACAAGGACUACUCCCAGUGGCCACCAAUUGGCGCAAAGGUUAUGGAGGAUGACGCUUCGAUGGCUAGCUUUGACGACGUCUUCAACGAAAUGAUCUUGAUCGGUAUCGUUGGUAUUCAGGACCCACUUCGUCCUGGUGUCUCUGAAGCCGUCAAACAGUGCCAGGGUGCCGGUGUCAUCGUCCGAAUGGUUACGGGUGAUAAUGUGGUCACCGCUCAGGCUAUUGCCGCAGAAUGCGGGAUUUUCACUCAAGGCGGUAUCAUUAUGGAGGGACCCAACUUCCGCAAGUUGACGGAGGCAGAGAUGGACAAUGUUCUCCCUAGACUCCAGGUUUUGGCUAGAAGCUCGCCCGAAGACAAGCGUAUCUUGGUUCGCCGUCUUAAGGAACUCGGCGAGACUGUUGCCGUGACUGGAGACGGUACUAACGACGGGCCAGCUCUUAAGAUGGCGGAUAUCGGAUUUAGUAUGGGGAUUGCGGGAACCGAAGUCGCCAAGGAGGCCUCCUCCAUCAUUCUCAUGGACGAUAACUUUUCUUCUAUUGUGAAGGCUAUGAUGUGGGGCCGUGCUGUCAAUGAUGCCGUUCGCAAGUUUCUCCAGUUCCAGCUCACCGUCAACAUCACUGCUGUCCUCCUCACCUUUGUCUCUGCCGUUUCUUCCGCCGAUGGAUCAUCGGUUCUCACCGCGGUGCAGCUUCUCUGGGUCAAUUUGAUUAUGGACACCUUUGCCGCUUUGGCCCUCGCCACUGACGCCCCUACGCCCCAGAUCCUGAACCGCAAGCCAACCCCCAAGGCCGCCAGUCUCAUCUCGCUGAAUAUGUGGAAGAUGAUUAUCGGACAGGCAAUCUUCCAACUCCUUGUUACUUACACCCUCUACUUUGGCGGCAUGACGAUCCUUGGCUACUCCACUGAGGAUGACGCGGUGUUAAAGGCCGCGGGGAAAGCCACCCCAAGGGACGAGUUGAACACAAUGGUCUUUAAUACGUUCGUGUGGAUGCAGAUCUUCAACGAGUUCAAGUGAGUGAUAUUCCAUCAUUAACAAAUCCCCUUCCCCUCAGAGUGCUGACUGAUGGCGCAACAGCAACCGUCGCCUGGACAACAAGUUCAACAUCUUCGAGAAUGUGCAUAAGAACUACUUUUUCAUCGUCAUCAACGCAAUCAUGAUCGGUGGCCAAGUACUCAUCAUCUUCGUCGGGGGAAAGGCCUUCUCCAUUGUCCACAUCGACGGCGUCCAAUGGGCCAUUUGUGUGGUCGUCGCUUCCUUUGCCCUUCCCUGGGCAAUCAUUGUCCGUUGUGUACCAGACGAAUUCGUCCGCAAGCACUGGUACAAACUGGUGCACGUGUUCUCCCCGCUGGUCAGGGCUGUUGCAAGGCUCAUCCCAAAGAGGAAUAUGGGGGCUGAUUACCAGAGUGAUGAGGAGAAGGGCAAGGCCAGCGAAGCCUAGCCUUGAAGGGGAGAUGGGUGAUGGGUUUGAAUAAUGACAUUUCCUUUUAACUUUUAUUUGUUUCGUCGACUCUGGGCUUAUGUUCCCCCCUUGCCUGCAGGGGCGGCAGCGGCGGGUGCUUGAUUUCCCACCCUUACUAUAACGCGAGUGGAGCGAUUCGGAACCGAGUCUUCCCGUACACAUCCGCUCACCCGCGGACGAAAGAAGUUUCACUGCGCUUUUCGUCCCGCCCGAAACAAGGGAACCUUCUCCCCCCCCCCGCUUUCGACGAACCUUCUCAUCCCUCCUUUACCAAACUAUUAUUACGUUACCUUAUUUGCCUCGCAUCUGUAUAUAUAUCCGUGGAAUCUGGCGUCCUUUUUUUUUUUUGUUUAGCAUCUGUGAUACCGCUCAUUACCUAUUAGUCUUAAUUUCUUCUUUCUGGGGUUUUCUACGACCGUCUCGUCUCGCCUCGCCUGGUUAUGCAUUCCCUUCUCAGGUAUGUCCAAUUAGAUUUUUCUUGCUAUUUUUCAUAUUGUCUUGUCUUUUUCGCUUCCGGGACCGGGGUUGGGGCUGGGAUUUACGAACUACACAUAAGUAUAUAGGUUUUCGAAAUAAUAGAAUUCAGUGCGAUCUGACAAGC